AGCCACCGUAAAUCAACAAUGUCCCAAUCGAAGCUGAAGCAGGUGUUUAGCUACCAAUCGUGGGUACACGCGGUAUCCGGAUCAGCGGGUAGCGUGAUUGCGAUGUCGGCCUUCUAUCCGCUGGACACCGUACGCAGCCGUUUACAGUUGGAAGAACCGGAACGGCGUAAAGCACUCAGCACAUGGCGCAUCCUGCGCAAUCUGAUCGAUGAGGAAGGUUUCGAAACGCUCUACCGUGGCCUCGUUCCCGUGCUAGAAAGUUUGUGCAUCUCCAACUUUGUCUACUUCUACACAUUCCACAGUCUGAAAGCGUUACGGGGCGGAGCUGGCCAAACGGCCCUCGGUGAUCUGCUGCUCGGUUCGCUGGCUGGUGUAGUAAACGUGCUGACGACUACUCCCUGCUGGGUAGUUAACACACGACUCAAGAUGAAGGGACUCGAUCAGCACGCGAAACGGAACGGUGCCCCCUCCCACAGCGAUCUGCAGUACGACGGGCUGAUCGAUGGUCUGCAGUACAUCGCACGGACGGAAGGCGUGCGGGGGUUAUGGGCGGGUGCGAUACCGUCCCUCAUGCUCGUCAUCAACCCAGCCAUCCAGUUUAUGGUGUACGAAGCGCUCAAGCGACGCCUAACGGUGGGCGGAACCGGCAAAACACCGUCCGCAAUAACGUUCUUCAGCAUAGGCGCGGUCGCAAAGAUGAUCGCCACCGUACUGACCUACCCGUUGCAGCUUGUUCAGACAAAGCUACGCCAUGGGAAUAGCGAUCGGAAUCUGAACCUGCCGCCAGACGUGGAUACGGUACAGAUGCUGCUGAUCAUUCUGAAGCGACAGGGUGUGGCUGGGCUGUUCCGUGGUCUGGAGGCAAAACUGCUGCAAACGGUUCUGACCGCAGCGCUAAUGUUUAUGGCUUACGAAAAAAUUGCCCGCUUCGUCACGUCGCUGCUGCUCUCGUCCAAAGGAGGCGCUGCUGCCGUACGGCAUUGA